CAAAGUGAUUGGUCUUUUCAAUGAAUGAAGGGAAGGUUGAAAGUAAUUGGAAUGCAUUUUAAAUCGAUCACUUUUGAAAGAAAAUGAUACUGUGCCUUGUACAUUGAAACCAAACGCAAGAAUAUGCGUGCAAAAGCACAGGCAUAUGGGCACGCACGUAUACACAUAUUUCCCUGACAAAUAACAAAAAUAAUCCUUUUCAAAAGGGAAAUAUCUUCAAGGUUGUUAGAUAGAAUAUGUUGAUAAACAAGGCAACAUAGUUUCAGACUACAUAUUUUUAAAGGCUGCCAAUUUUUUGCAGUAUCCUAUCAGACUUACAAUUUAUCCGAAGUGUAUUAUUCAGCAUAAAACACAGUUGAACAAUAAACAAAUUCGACUUGAAAAAAUAUGGCUACUCGAAUGAUGGAUAUGGGUAUGGAUGUACAAAUUAAUCGUCGAUUGAACAGUAAAUAUGAUGCUGAAAGUGAAGCUGAAGCUAUUGGUUGGCUAAAUCAAUUAACCAAUGAGAAUGUCCCAUUUGGAAGAGAAAACGUUGCAGCAGCUUUGAAAAGUGGACAAAUAUUAAUCAAGUUGGCUAACGCUGUGUUCGAUGGUACUCCAUCACUUCCCCCUGCAGCAGCUAAGAUGAAGAGACCAUUUAAAGCGAAUUCAAUGACUGCCCCUUUCAAACAAAUGGAAAAUAUCCAAACUUUCCUAAAUGCAGCCAGUGCCUACGGGGUACCCAGAGCCAGUCUAUUUCAAACGGUUGAUCUGUAUGAAUUACGUAAUAUGCCACAAGUUUUAAACACAAUACUACAACUUGGAACGGAAUGUCAACGAAACAAUUUCAAUGGACCUGUAUGUGGACCAAAACCUACUUAUGAAAAUAGACGUGAAUUCACUGAGGAACAGUUGAGAGCAUCUGAAGGUAUAAUUGGUCUACAGGCUGGGACGAAUAAAUGCGCUAGCCAGGCUGGAAUGAGUCAUGGUGGACCACGUCAUAUUACAGACAUCAAAGUGGAUGCAGCAUCUAAAGAAAGCCAAAGUGUUAUUGGCCUUCAAAUGGGUUCAAACAAAGGUGCUAGUCAGGCAGGUAUGAGCCAUGGUGGACCUCGUCACAUUACAGACAUCAAAGUGGAUGCAGCAUCUAAAGAAAGCCAAAGUGUUAUUGGUCUUCAAAUGGGUUCAAACAAAGGUGCUAGUCAGGCAGGUAUGAGCCAUGGUGGACCUCGUCAUAUUACAGAUAUUAAAGUAGAUGCAGCAUCAAAAGAUGGUCAGAAUAUCAUAGGUCUUCAAAUGGGUACAAACAAAAUGGCUAGUCAGGCAGGUAUGAGUCAUGGUGGUCAACGACAUAUCGCUGACAUCAAAGUUGGUGAUAUUUCUAAGGAAGGGGCUAAUGUUAUUGGCUUACAAAUGGGUGCAGGUAAAGAUCAAGUAGCCUCACAAUCUGGUAUGAGUUUCGGUGCUCAACGUCAUAUUGUUGAUUCACACUAAGUAAAAAUCUUCAUUAUCUGCUUUUACUUAAUCUUUCAAGGCUUUACGCUUAAUAAGUGUCACACUAUGAGAAAAAAAAAUCAUUCCUAACUUGUCUUAUUAUCGUUGUAAUCUUUAUGCUUUAUCACCAAGUCUUUUAUGCAUAACCUUCAACAUUGAUCAUGUUUAUGCUUAAAAUAAAGUAUCGCAGCAGUAAGGCAGGAGAAAUAAAAAAUACCCCACAAAUUCUUCAUCUUCACACUUAUUCUGUAUCGAACUAAAGAUUUUAACGCUGUAUUUUAUUUAUUUAGUGGAGUUUUAAUUCUGUUAGUAUGAAUUGAACAUUGUUCAGUAAAUCAACCAAGUGAUCAUGGUUACUUCAUCCCAAUUGUUGAAUAAUUUUCAAUUAUGUACACGUUGCACACUUUCAACAUUGAGGGAAUGUUUAAUACUUGUCAGUGUUGAAGUUUUAGAUAACGAUUAAGCGAUUAAAUAUUGAUGCCUGACUUGAGGCAUCACGUUCUUACUCAGCGUCAGGCAUCAUAUAUGAUAUUCCAAAUGCUUUUAUUGUUCAUUUUGUUCAAUUUAACUGAUUUAUUUUAAAAUGGUUAACACAGUUUAUCGAAUCUAUUUUUCAUUGCUUCAGAUCUUUUUCUUCUUUUCUCGCUUCUAAUUUCCUUGUGAAUGUAUCUAUCUUAUUUUGCAUGAAUCGCUUCUCUUCAUUCUUGCUAAGAUAUAAUAAUGUUAUCAAUAAUAAUCAAUAAGUUGCCUUCAAAAGAAUAUACUUCAUCUUGGUUCGCUUGUUCUUC